GCUUAACAAAAAAAUGUUUAUUUAAUUUAAACAAGUUAAUAGUUAUAAAAAUAAACCUAAACUAUUGUUAGUGUAAAGUAUUUCUAUAAACAACAUGAAAAUAGCUGAUGCUUUAAGACGUUUAGAUGCCUAUCCCCGUACCUUGGAAGAUUUUAGCGUCAGAACGGUUUCUGGGGCGGCCGUGACCAUUAUUAGUACCAGUAUUGUGACUAUAUUGAUAUGUUUGGAAUUUAUGGCCUACAUGACCCCAAAUCUUAGCGAAGAACUAUUUGUGGACACCACUCGUGGUCAUAAGCUAAGAAUCAACUUAGACAUAACUUUACAUAAUUUAGCAUGUAAUUAUUUAUCUUUGGAUGCUAUGGAUUCAUCGGGCGAUCAACAUUUAAGAGUUGAUCAUGAUAUAUUCAAGCAUCGUUUGGAUUUGCAGGGUAAUCCCAUGAAAGAAGUCGACCCAAUUAAGGAAAUUGUGGCCGUUUCACCCUCCAACAAAAAUACUACUUGUGGCAGUUGUUAUGGUGCAGAAAAUAAUAGUACGCACUGCUGCAAUACCUGUGAGUCUGUUUUGGAAGCGUAUCGUCUGAAAAAAUGGAAUGUUCAAUUGGAUAAAAUUGAACAGUGUAAGGAUCAAUUUAAAAGGUCGGAUUUGGAUGCUUUUAAGGAAGGUUGUCGUGUGCAGGGUCAUUUAGAAGUUAAUAGGAUGGCUGGUAGUUUUCACAUUGCACCUGGUAGCAGCUUCUCCAUACGCCAGUUUCACAUACAUGAUUUCCAAAUAGCCGAUGUUAGAUUGUCCCACACCAUAAAUCAUCUCUCAUUCGGCGAUAAAAUCGAAUUUGCCAAAACCCAUCCUUUAGAUGGCGUAAAAGUGGAAACAGAAGAAUCAAAAUCGGAAAUGUUUAAUUACUAUUUGAAGAUUAUACCCACUGUCUAUACGAAGGCCAAUGAAGAAGCUCCCAUCUAUACAAAUCAAUUUUCCGUAACACGUUAUCGCAAGGAUCUAAGCACAAAAGAACGUGGCAUGCCGGGAAUAUUUUUCUCCUACGAAUUGUCACCUCUUAUGGUGAAAUAUGAAGAACAGCAAAGAUCCUUUGGCCAUUUUGCCACCAAUUGUUGUUCGAUUAUUGGUGGCGUUUUUACCGUAGCUGGCAUAAUAGCGGUAUUUCUUAACAAUUCCUGGGAAGCUCUAAGAAAACUCGAGAUAGGCAAGCUAAGUUAACAGCUAUAUUUAAUUACAACUAUACCAAAGGUGCUGUUCUCUUCUACAAUUGCAAAACUCUACACCUUUUCCUCUAACAAUUCCUUUUAAAGCUAACAAAAUAAAAUUGAUUUUAAUUACUCCUCGCUUAUAAUAAACUUGACUACAAUUGCUUUCGAAAAGCCUGGCAUUCCUUAAUGUUAAUAAUAAUCUCUUUUGUAUUUAAGUAAACCUUGAAAUCUCUAAAUAUUUUUGCCCCACAAAAUUAAGGUUUUAAUUAAGAAAAUUUUAUUUUAAGACUUUUUUUUUUUGCAAUAAAGUGUGUUUUUUUUAAAUUAAUGCGAA